AAUAAAAAAAACCUCUAAAAACACACACUAACACACACACAAACUCUCUCUCUCUCACAGUCACAAUUUCAACGCAUAGUGAUAAGGGGAGUGAUGGUUAAGAUAGCAUCAUCAUCUAUGGCGAAGUUGAGCAUUCAUGAGUUGUGUGUCCUAAUAAUAAUAACAAGCUUUGCAAGUAUUGUCAUAUCCACCACCACUGAGUCCGUGAAACCCACAAAGAAAUCGGCUUUGUUCGUGUUCGGAGACUCGCUAUUCGAUCCAGGAAACAACCAGUACAUCAAUGGAAGCAAACCAGGUGCUUCCAGUUAUUACCCAUAUGGGCAAACCUUCUUCAAUCAUCCCACUGGUCGACUCAGCGAUGGUCGUAUUGUCCCUGAUUUCAUCGCACUGUUUGCAAAGCUGCCUAUGUUGACACCAUACCUGCAACCUGGUGGUGAGCACGAUUUUACAGCCGGGACCAACUUUGCAUCAGCCGGUGCUUGUGCUCUUGAAGCACCUCAUCCUCAAAUGGCAGCCAUAGAUCUGAAUGAGCAAUUAAGCUAUUUUAAGAAGGUGGAGGAGUGGUUGAAGCAAAAGUUAGGAAAUGAAGAGGCCAAGAAAUUGCUAAAGAAAGCAGUUUACUUGUUCAGCAUUGGAGGCAAUGAUUACUUCACCCUUUCUUCAUCAUAUCCCAACAUAACUCUUUCCUCCCAGAAAGAGUAUGUUGGGAUGGUGAUUGGCAACUUAACAAAUGUUCUCCAAGUAAGACUCAUGUUCAUUUCUCUAUUGAUUGAUCAAUACAUUUCUACAAUUGUCUUGAGUUCAUCAAUUUUAGGGAAAAGAACAAUACAUGGUAGAAGAUCAAUUUUUUUUUAUUUUUUGUAAAACAUGAGGUGUGCAACUCCUUGUGUAGUGGGAUGUAACUCAAAAGGUGUGGGGUCCGUCUAAUAUUUUUUGUUAUCUAUGUCACUGACAUGUAAUUGCUCCUUAAUUUUAAGGUACUAAUGAAAAAUUUACAAUAAUCAGUGUUAGAAUGGUUUCUGGAAAAAUCUGGGAAUAAAAAUAGAAUUUUUCUAAACUUUGGUCUAAUUUUU